AUGGAAAAUUCAAGUACGUCCAUGGGAAAGAAUGAAAAUCAAAAGAUUGAACCAAGAUUACCCAACGAUUGUAUAGCAGAAAUAUUACCAUAUCUUAAGGAUAACGUUCGAACGCUUUAUUCAUGCGCACGGGUCAGCAGAUCAUGGUGCCAAUUAACCAUACCGUUAUUGUGGUCCAAACCCUUCGACUCUAAUACGAUCACACCAAAUACAAAAAUAAUAUCACUCAUUCGAACGCUCGGGUUUUGCCUUGAUAAUCCAACGAAAAAAUUUCUAAUACGACAACAUGGUUUUAAUCCGGAUGGAUUUAAAAUCACCAAACCAUUUUUUGAUUACCCAUCAUAUAUACGAGACUUUAAUUAUUCCAUAUUUUUAAGUUCGAUUAGAAUUUGGUUGAGAAAAGUAUUAAAAAGGAAACCAGAAUUGGAAUUAACAACCUUACUAUUCAAAUUGAUUGGGAAUUUGAUAUGUUCACGGAAUAAUAACCGAAUGGAAUUGUACGAUAUCACACUAUUAGAGAAUUUUAAUUGUGCGAUAAAUAAUAUCGAAACGUUUACUUAUUGUUACGUGGGCCUUUACAUGGGAAGGAAGGAAAGGAUCCUUUUUGAAGUGAUGAAGAGAAUUUUCGAAAAGUUGACCGAAAAUUGUAAAAAUAUUAAAAGGUUAACGAUAUACGCGGUACCAGAAAAUUUUAUGGAUGUAAUAUAUUUACCGGUCGUAUGUAAAGCAACGGCGAAUUUGAUCAAGGAACAAAAAAAUAUUUCAUCAAUCACUUUUAAUCAAGAGUGGGUGGACUCACCAAACAAUCUAUUUUAUUCAUCAUUACUAAGCGAGAAGGUGAUAACAUCAUUGAGAUCAUUAAAAUUAUGUCACAUAAGUGAUUUUGAUGGUUUAUUAAAAGUACUCUGCGGUUGUAACAACCUGGAAACCCUGGAAUUCACGGAUAAGUUUUACGUUUCGGAUGAAGAUCAUGCGAUACAACGUAUGAUGGAAUUCCCACCCAUUCACAUUAAACAUUUACAUUUUUAUAAUUUUGAAUAUGAUGAAUAUGCUGGUAUAGAAACCUUUAUUUCAUCGAUUGAAGUAUUAUUUCGAUUAUCCAAUAAUAAUUUACGAUCAUUAACAAUCGGUGAUGUGGAUUCCAACAUUAUUAAAUUGAUCGGUACUUAUUGUACAAAUUUAAAUUAUCUAUCAAUUGAACUAUUACCUGAAUUAUUUCCUGCCUUGAAUCAAAUUUUACUCUCGUUAAAUAACCUUGAACAUUUAAUAUUGGUCGAAGGAAAAUAUAGUAUUUACCCUAGAAAUAAUAAUGGUAGAAGACUUUUUCCCGAUUUAAAUUUCAGGUAUCCCGUUAAAACCUUUGCAAAGUCAUUACCCACCUCUUUAAAACAUCUUGGUCUUGAUAUUAAUAUUAACAAUGAGGUAUUAGAUCACUUUUUAAGUGCUUUAAAGUGUCCCCUUCACACUUUGGAUAUUUAUGAUGGCAUGAAAGUUGAAUAUUUGGAAAUUAUCAUCAAAUAUGUUGAAAAUAAUAAUAGGAAUUUAAAGCAAGUUGGGUUUCGAUCCGUUAAUGUCUCUUUAGGUAAUGAGGAGUCUUUUAAUAAAUUUGGCAGGGUUAUGGCUAGAAUUUUUGGUCUGAUUCAAAAGGUUUACAUGGUUAAGAAACAUUUGCAUGAUGGUUUUAGUGAUUUCGCACCUACCAAUGUUUGGUUUUUUUAA